AUGUCGGAUGACGAGGCGGAUCCAGAGCUUCUUGCUCUUCUAAGGCAUCAUUUCCAAGGGAAGCUAAUCCUGGAUGAAGAACCAGAGACUGGCGUCUUGGAGGGCGCCGAAUAUGUCUACGACAACUCCAUCGAUGUAGCUUUAAACAUGAGUGCGUCCAAAAAUGCUGCAGCUUUGAUUUACCAGCAGAUGCAGCAAAAAGGAUUCUCGACCGCGAGUUGGUCCGAACAUGAAUUACAUCCCAAGACAAAAGAUGAAUCCACCAUUGCCUUCAUUUUUACCAUGGACCUGCUCAAUUUCUCAUUCUGGUCCCUACACCCGGAAGAGGAGCGCUUUGCCAUCUCAUACCGAGAUAAGACCUGGACCGGAUACUGGAGUCUAGUAGCUUCAUUGCAGAGAGCACUAGAAGAAGAUAUCCCCAUAACCGAUCCGCAUUACUGGCAGAACGAAGAGGAGUGCAACCUUGAGUCCCUCAGAUACGUUUUCAGGUCGUGCACCGAGGAAGAGAUCCCCCUGCUGGAAGCAAGGCUUUCUUGCCUAAGGGAAGCAGGAAAAGUUCUAUAUGAAAAAUACAGCUGCAGCUUUACGAAAUGCAUAGAAGCCGCCAAUAAGUCGGCCGCGGGGUUGGUUAACCUGCUUGCGAGGGACUUCAACUGUUUCAGAGACGAGUCUCGGUUUGAAGGGCGACGCAAACCCGUCCGGUUCCUCAAACGCGCCCAGAUCCUAGUGGCGGAUAUUUGGGCCUGCUUCAACGGCGAGGGCUACGGUGAGUUUAAGGACAUCGACAAGAUCACCAUGUUCGCAGACUACCGUGUCCCGCAGAUACUGGCUACGUUGGGUUGCAUAGGAUACAGUCCGCCUCUAUACGCAAUGAUAGCCAGGGGUGAUAUUCUAGAGAACGGAAGCGAUUACGAAAUACAGCUCAGGGCAUGCAGCAUCUGGUGUGUGGAACUUCUCAAGCGCGAGAUCAAACGUCACCACCCUGACGCGAGGAUCAACGCUAUCCUGAUAGAUUUUUUCCUAUACGACACCAUGAAAUCAUUGGAGGCGCAAGGGAAAGAGACCAUUCCACAUCAUCGAACGAGGAGUAUUUGGUACUAA